AAAUCAUUUCAUAAUAUAUUCUAUUAGCACCCUUUGAUUAUAUGAUUAUCUGCUCACAUUCUUAUGAUUGAUUUAUCCAACAUGAUCUUCCUUCAGUUAAUUGCGCCCUCUCAGGACAAUCAAUUCAGGACUGCAAGCGAUGGAGGAGGUUUAUACAGAACCAGUAAUCAUCUCAUUUCAUAUAGAUUUAUCGUUUGAGUCAAAAACUGUUCAUGGGAUCUUUUCCUCCUCUGUUAUUCAGGAUUUCAUGAGAGAUCAUACAUGAAAAAACCUCACUAGACUAACACAGACACCACAUUUUCCACACUCCAAUUAUAAUCAUAAAAUGUCAUUGCCAUCCUCUGCUCAUCACAAUCUCACAGCAUUAUGUAGAGAGGGUCAGCUGAAGGAGGCGCUGCACAUUCUGCUUACUACAUGCAACCCCCCUGAAGACUCCUCUACAUAUCUUCAGUUAUUGCAGACCUGUGUUCUCAAGAACGCGCUUUCACAAGGGAAAAAUGUCCACUCUUUCAUCGCUCACAGACGAUUUGUGUUUGCUACACGUCCAACAUUUCAUAAUAAGCUUAUUUACAUGUAUGUUAAUUUGGGAAGUUUGGUGGAUGCUCGAAGAGUGUUCAAUCACAUGGAAGAGCGAGACAUUGUCUCAUGGAAUAGGAUUAUUGCAGCAUACAGAAGACAUGGGUAUCCUCAGGAGGCAGUUUCACUGUUUCAACAUAUGGAAGGAACGUGUGUCCAACCCGAUCAGUUUACAUUCGCCAGCGUACUUCCAGCUUGUGCUAAAUUGGGGGAUUUGGAAGAGGGCAUUGGCAUCCAUCAAAAGAUAAAGGAUAGAGGAGAUUUGUCAAAUGUUGUAGUUGCAACUGCUCUGGUGGACAUGUAUGCAAAAUGUGGAAGGAUAGACAAGGCGCGUGAACUGUUUGACAAAAUGCCUGAAAGAAACGUGGUCUCAUGGAAUGCAAUGAUCGCAGGAUAUGCACAAUGUGGUUUUGUUGAAAAGGCUUUAGAAACUUUCAAGCAAAUGCAGUUGGCAGGUGUAAACCCAGACUCUACAACCUUUGCCAGCAUAUUUACAGCCUGUGCCAAAAUGGGAGCUUUGGAGCAAGGUAUGGACAUCCAUAAAAGCAUAAAUGAUAGAGGAAUUUUGUCAGAUAUUGCAGUUGGAAGUGCCCUGGUAGACAUGUAUGCAAAAUGUCGAAGCAUAAGCAAGGCUCGUGAACUCUUUGACACAAUGCCUCAUAGAAAUGUUAUCUCGUGGACUGCAAUGAUUGCAGGAUAUGCACAAAAUGGAUUUUGUGAAAGAGCUUUAGAAACUUUCAAGCAAAUGCAACUGGCAGGUGUAAAACCAAACUCCACAACUUUUAUCAGCAUCCUACCUGCCUGUGCCAAAAUGGGAGCUUUGGAACAGGGUAUGGACAUCCAUCGAAGCAUAAUGGAGAGAGGAAUUUUUUCGGAUGUUGUAGUUGCAACUGCUCUCGUAGACAUGUAUGCAAAAUGUGGAAGCAUAGACGAGGCAUUUGAACUGUUUGACAAAAUGCCUCACAGAGAUAUCAUCUCAUGGAAUGCAAUGAUUUCAGGAUAUGCACAAAAUGGUUUUGAUGAGAAGGCUUUAGAAUUUUUCAAGCAAAUGCAAUUGGCAGGUGUAAAGCCAGACCCCACAACCUUUGCCAGCAUCCUUCCUGCCUGUGCCAAAUUGGGAGAUUUGGAACAGGGUAUGGAUAUCCAUCAAAGCAUAAAUGAUGGAGGAAUUUUGUCAAAUGUUGUAGUUGUAAGUGCCCUGGUAGACAUGUAUGCUAAAUGCGGAAGCAUAGACAAGGCACGUGAACUAUUUGACGGGAUACCUCGAAGAGAUUUGGUUUCAUGGAAUGCUUUGAUUGCAGGAUAUGCUCAAAAUGGAUUUGUUGGAAAGGCUUUAGAAACUUUCAAGCAAAUGCAAUUGGCAGGUGUAAAGCCAAAUUCAACAACUUUUACCAGCAUCCUCCCUGCUUGUGCCAAAAUGGGAGCUUUGGAACAGGGUAUAGACAUCCAUCAAAGCAUAGUGGAGGGGGGAUUUUUGUCAGAUAUUAUAGUUGGAAAUGGUUUGGUAGACAUGUAUGCAAAAUGUGGAAACGUAGCCAAGGCACGUGCAUUGUUUGAUAGAAUGCCUCAGAAAGAUGCUAGCUCAUGGAAUGCAGUGAUCGCAGGAUAUGCACAUAAUGAAUUUGUUGAAAAGGCCUUAGAAACUUUGAAGCAAAUGCAAUUGGCAGGUGUACAGCCAAAUUCCACAACCUUUGCCAUCAUCCUUCCUGCCUGUGCCAAAAUGGGAGCUUUGGAACAGGGUAUGGACAUUCAUCAAAGCAUAAUGGGUAAAGGAAUUUUGUCAGAUGUCGUAGUUGCAACUGCCUUGGUAGACAUGUAUGCAAAAUGUGGAAGCAUAGACAAGGCAUGUGAGCUGUUUGACAAAAUGCCUCAAAGAGAUGUGGUGUCAUGGAAUGCAAUGAUUUCAGGAUAUGCACAAAAUGGAUCUGUUGAAAAGGCUUUAGAAACUUUCAAGAAAAUGCAAUUUGCAGGUGUAAAGCCAAAUUCCACAACUUUUGCCAGUACACUCCCUGCCUGUGCCAAAAUGGGAGCUUUGGAACAGGGUAUGGAUAUCCAUAAAAGCAUAAUGGAAGGGGGCUUUUUGUCAGAUAUUAUAGUUGGAAAUGCUUUGGUAGACAUGUAUGCAAAAUGUGGAAACAUAGACAAGGCACGUGAACUGUUUGACAAAAUGCCUCAGAGAGAUGUCAUCUCAUGGAAUGCAGUGAUUGCAGGAUAUGCACAAAAUGAACUUUUUGAAAAGGCCUUGGAAACUUUCAAGAAAAUGCAAUCCGCAAGUGUAAAGCCAAAUUCCACAACCUUUGCCAUUAUUCUCCCUGCCUGUGCCAAAAUAGGAGCUUUGGAACAGGGUAUGGACAUCCAUCAAAGCAUAUUGGAUAGAGGAAUUUUGUCAAAUGUUGUCGUUGGAACUGCCUUGGUAGACAUGUAUGCAAAGUGUGGAAGCAUACACAAGGCACAUGAACUAUUUGACAGAAUGCCUCAAAGAGAUGUAAUCUCAUGGAAUGCAAUAAUCGCAGGAUAUGCACAAAAUGGAUUUGUUGAAAAGGCUUUAGAAACUUUCAAGCAAAUGCGAUUAGCUGGUCUAAAGCCAAAUUCCACAAUCUUUGCAAGCAUCCUCCCUGCCUCUACCAAAAUGGGAGCUCUGGAUCAGGGUAUGGAAAUCCAUCAAAUCAUAGUGGAAGGGGGAUUUUUGUCAGAUAUUGUAGUUGGAAAUGCGCUGGCAGACAUGUAUGCAAAAUGUGGAAGCAUAGAGAAGGCACACAAACUGUUUGAUAGAAUGCCUCAAAAAGAUGUCAUCUCAUGGAAUGGAAUGAUUGCAGGAUAUGCACAAAAUGGACAUGUGGAAAAGGCUUUGGAAACUUUCAAGCAAAUGCAGUUGGCAGGUGUAAAGCCAAAUUCCACAACCUUUGCCAGCAUCCUUCCUGCUUGUGCCAAAAUGGGUGCUUUGGAACAAGGUAUAGACAUCCAUCAAGGCAUAAUUGAAGGGGGAUUUUUGUCUGAUAUUAUAGUUGCAACUGCCCUGGUAGACAUGUAUGCAAAAUGUGGAAGCAUAGACAUGGCAUGUGAAUUGUUUGACAGAAUGCCCCAAAAAGAUGUCAUUUCAUGGAAUGCAAUGAUUGCAGGAUAUGCACAAAAUGGAUUUUGCAAGGAUGCUCUCAAUAUCUUUGAAUUAAUGAAGCAUUCUGGAACACAUCCAGACGUUGUAAGUUUUGCUUGUGUUCUAUAUGCAUGCAGUCAUGCAGGUUUAGUGGAUCAGGGCUGCACAUAUUUCAAUCAAAUGAGUAACUCUUAUUGUAUUGCACCUAUAGUUGAUCAUUAUGUGUGCAUGGUUGACCUUCUUGCUCGUGCUGGUUAUCUUGAGGAAGCUCUAAACUUUAUCAUUAAGAUGCCGGUUAAACCUUUGGUGGUUGUGUGGAUGUGUUUUCUUGGUGCCUGUAAAUCACACAUGAAUAUGGGCUUAGGAGUAUUUACAGCAACUCUGCUUUUUGAUUUAGAUCCCAAAAAUGCUGCAACUUAUGUGCUUCUCUCAAACAUCUAUGCAGAAGUGGGCAGGUGGGGUGAGGUUCAAAUGAUAAGGAGAUUGAUGAAAGAUAGAGAAAUCAAAAAGAUCCCUGGAUGUAGUUGGAUUGAAGGCCAUAAAAAGGUACAUGCUUUUUGUGUAGGAGACAGAUCCCAUCCACAGACACAGGAGAUCUAUGCAAAGUUGGAGGAAUUGGCUUUGCAGAUGAAGGCGGUAGGUUAUUUUCCAGAUUCAAGACAUUUACUUAAUGAUGUGGAAGAAGAGGAAAAAGAUAUUUUUCUUUGUCAUCAUAGUGAAAAGUUGGCAAUCACAUUUGGUUUGUUAAACACACCCCCUGGAACAACCAUUAGAGUAAUUAAGAACCUUCGAGUAUGUGCUGAUUGCCACACUGCAACAAAAUUUAUCUCCAAGAUUGUUGCAAGAGAUAUUAUUGUGAGAGAUGCAAACCGUUUCCAUCAUUUUAAACAGGGGCGAUGUUCUUGUGGAGAUUAUUGGUGAUGCGGAAUGAAGCAAUCUAAAAAAUAUGUUUGCAUUAUAAUAAUGUGCACUGUGACAGGCCUGCAUAAUAAUGAAGGGACAAGGUUCUACAUAAUGAAUAGAUUCAGGACGUUUACUUAAUGACGUGGAAGAGGGGGAAAAGGAAUUAUUCCUCUGUGGAAGAGGAGGAAAAAGAAUUAUUUCUCUGUCACCAUAGUGGAAAGUUGGCAUGUUAAACACAACCGCUGGAAUAACUAUUAAAGUUGUUAAGAACCUUUGAGUAUGUGCUGAUUGCCACUCUGCAACAAAAUUCAUCUCAAAGAUUGUUGCAAGAGAAAUUGUUGUGAGAGAUGCAAACGAUGGAGAUAAUUGGUGAUGCUGAAUGAAGCAAUCUGAAAAAAUAGCGUUGCACUAUAAUAAUGUGCACUGUGCCAGACCUACAGUGAUAAUGAAGGAACGAGGUUUUAUUUUAUGUUUCCAGAAAGUUUUGGGCUUUUGUUUUCUAGAUGCUUCAUAAAUUGGAUGCAAAGAGUGCAAUGCAGAUUACUGCUUAGAUAUGCUGCUGGGGUCUUUGUCAAAGACUUGUGUUAUGAUAACAUGGACAUUUCAUUGAAUUGUUUUAUGAAAACUUGUACAUAUUGAUGUGGAGGAUGGGGAAAAACAAAAGUUGAGUAAUAUUCCGAGUAAAUGGAAGGUGCUUGAACUAGGAAAUGAGAGAGGGCUCUCAAUGUACCCUUCUGUUUUGUGCAGUUCUUUUGUUUGGAUUAAUUGUAUUAUCUUUUGCCAAUGUCAGGUUGAUCAGUUGAGAUUAAGUUACAUAUUCUAGAUUAGGUAU